CCUCAGUGAGCAAUUCCUGAUAGAGAUCGACUAUAACCUACCCAAUACAAUGCAUCCAACUAAAACGAUCUGUAUCGUUGGUGUUACAGGGAAUCAGGGUGGUUCUGUUGCUCAGCGAUUUCUCCAAGACCCCACUUAUCAUGUCCGGGGCUUAACGCGCGACCCCUCUUCUAGCAAAGCUCAAGAACUCGCUACGCAGGGGAUAGAGAUUGUCCAGGCUAACCUCGAUGAUACGUCUAGCCUAAAGUCAGCUUUCGCAGGUGCCAGCAUUAUCUUCAGUGUCACCAAUUACUGGGAGCCAUUCUUUCGAGCAGACUGCCGACAGAAGGCUGCCGAACUGGGCAUAUCUUGUCGCAAGUAUGCCUACAAUGUUGAAUACCAACAGGGCAAGAAUAUUGCCGAUGCGGCAGCAGCAACAGCCGAAACUUUAGAUGAAAAUGGGUUCAUUGCGUCGACGUUGAGCCACGCUGGGAGGUGUAGCGGGGGGAAAUUCGACGAGCUGUACCAUUUUGAUGCGAAGGCAGACGUCUUUCCAAGUUACAUGCAAAGUAAUCACCCAGAACUGGCUCGGAAGAUGUCCUGUGUGCAGACGGGAUAUUUCAUGUCGAGCUACAAGCUGGUUCCGGAUGCUUACUUCGGGAGAGCUGAUGAUGGCUCCUUUGAGAUGACGUUUCCUACUGCGCCAGACGCACCGGUACCUCAUUUUAAUGUCAAUGCGGAUAUGGGGCAUUUUGUGUAUGCAGUGGCUAAGAUGCCGCCUGGGAAGAGUUACAUGGCUGAAGGCACGACGUGCAGCUGGGCGGAGUAUAUGAGAUUGUGGAGUCGGGUGAACUCAGUGCCAGCGUCCUACCGGCGGAUCUCGUUAGAAGAAUUAAUAGAUCGAACCCCCGAUGCAGAAUUUGGUGGGGAAGUGGGCGACAUGUUCGCUUAUUCGACCGAGCCGGGGUACGAUGGUGGUGAAAGGGAGCUACUGCAUGCCGCAGAUAUUCGAAAAGCUGGAAUCGACUGCCCAAUGACGAGUUUGGAGCAAUGGAUGAAAAAAGAGGACUGGUCAAGCGUUUUACAAAAGGCAUAAGCAGAAUAUCAACAAGACAGGAACAUCCGAGUAUUCGGCUCUGACUGUCCCGAAAGAAUCCAUAUUUACCCUAUCCACAUUGUCGGAUUUCCCUGUCUGUUCCCCACAGAUGCGCGGGGUAACAAGUUGAUUAGUGGCUUUAUAUUCAUCCAUAAAGGGGUGUCCCUUUUUAGCCUGAAUACAAAUGCCGGUAUGCGUCAAGCGGUUAAUGUUAUGGGGUUCGAUAUCUAAUGAUCGGCAGUAGCCCCCAUACUUCAUUUCCCCACAAAUUUAUACCAGGUAUAAAAAGCCGUUCCUAGAUCAUGUUAG